AUGUCUAAAUUAUUCAUUGGUGGCCUUGCUUGGCACACAGAUGAGAACGCUCUCCGUGAGAAGUUCUCUGAAUUCGGAACUGUUGAAGAAGCAGUUGUCGUGAAGGACCGUGACACUGGUCGCAGCCGUGGCUUUGGCUUUGUUCGUUACGGACAGGGUCCCGAGUCUUCCCCAGAGGCCGAUGCCGAGAAGGCAAUCCAAGAGAUGAACAGCGUCGAAUUCGAUGGUCGCACCAUCCGUGUCGACAAAGCCUCCGAGCGUUCAGGAAAUGACCGCGCCGGUGGUGGUGGUGGAUUCGGUGGUGGCCGCGGUGGCGGUGGUGGAUACGGUGGCCGUGGUGGCGGUGGCGGUGGCUACUCUGGAGGUGGUGGUGGAUACGGAGGUGGUGGUCGUGGAUACGACAACAACAACUCCGGCGGUGGUGGUUACUCUGGAGGUGGUGGAUACAGCGGAGGUGGUGGAUACUCUGGUGGCGGAGGCGGCUACAAUGGAGGCGGCGGUGGCGGUUACUCCGGUGGUGGCGGUGGAUACUCUGGUGGAGGAGGAUACGACCGUGGCCAAAGUGGUGGAAACGCAGGCCAAUGGGGUAACAACCAAUAA